GCCUGCUGCGGUCGCCACCCCCGGGCCGGGGGGUGGCGAGAUGGCAGACGUGGUCGUCGGCAAAGACAGGGGCGGGGAGCAGCGACUGGUGUCGCUGCCGCUGUCCCGGAUCCGGGUCAUCAUGAAGAGCUCCCCCGAGGUGUCCAGCAUUAACCAGGAGGCGCUGGUGCUCACGGCCAAGGCCACGGAGCUCUUUGUUCAGUACCUGGCCACCUAUUCCUACCGGCAUGGCGGUGGGCUGGACCGCAGAGCGCUGUCCUACAGCGACCUGGCCCAGGCUACGCAGGAGGCCGACGCCUUCCAGUUUCUUGCAGACAUAUUACCUAAGAAGAUCUUAGCCAGUAAAUACCUGAAAAUGCUUAAGGAGCAGAUGAGGGAAGACGAGGAGGAGGAGGAGGAGGAAGACAGUGAGGAGGAUGACGAAGCCGACUCCUAGGUCCCUCGCAGCUCAGCCUGACGAGACCUGCCUGGUCUGCCACACUGCUUCAAAGACACCGCUCUUGGACUUGGGUCUCCUACAUUUCCGGAGCCUUCGAGGAGGUGGGGUCUCCGCAGGUCACGCCCAGGGAGGCAGCCCCCUCCCACAGAGCCGACGUGUGACCCCACAGCAGCUGGCCGGCUACAGCUCUGAUGCUGCAGAGGCAGAGAGCCUGCUCAGUGUCUAAAGUUGCUGAUCGACCUGGAAGCCUCUCUAAGCGGCAGUUAUAUAUGAAUUCUUGUUUGUAUAGUUUGAAGUUCAGUCUUGUAACCAACCUGAUGGAGCCUGAGCUACACAUUAAGUUUAUGAGUAGCAUGUUAUAGCUGAAGUGUCGACAGAACGCUUUGCUUUGUGCAAAUAUUGCCUCUUUUUUUAAACUGUAAAAGGCUAUAUACCGUGUCUUUUCUGUUAAGAAAUCCCUGUGUAUAUUUUUACAAUAAAAUGUCUUACGGAACUA